AUGGGGCUCCUCGACUACGCGUCUGACCAGGCCGCAAAGCUGCUCAUUCUCAAGCACACCUUCCUCGGCCCCAAGCCCGAGUGGACGGCCGACAACAUCCCCGACCUCUCUGGGCGCGUCAUGGUCGUCACCGGCGGGAACGCGGGCAUCGGCGCCGAGAUCGUCAAGGAGCUCCUCAAGCACAACGCGAAGGUGUACAUGCUCGCCCGCAACGCCGACAAGGCCCGCGCCGUCGUCGCCGCGCUCAAGGAGGAGACCGGCGGCAAGGAGGCCCUCUUCGUCCCGCUCGACCUCGCCGACUUCGCGAGCGAGGAGGCCGUCCACGUCCUCUUCAACAACGCCGGCCUGUUCGGCCAGGGCGAGCGCACGACGCCCGCGGGCCACGACCUCAUGUUCGCGACGAACGCGAUGGGCCCGCACCUGCUCACCACCCUCCUCCUCCCCGCGCUCGAGCGCGGCGCGGCGGCCUCCGCGGACGGCCGCGCGCGCGUCGUCGCGCUCGGCUCCGCGACCGCGUACUUUGGCCGCCUCCGCUUCGACGCGCUCGCCGCCGGCCCCGCGCGCGACGCGCUCGGCACCGACGCGCUCUACGCGCAGAGCAAGCUCGCCGACGUCCUCCUCGCGUUCGAGGGCGCGCGCCGGUACAGGGCCCGGAACGUCGUCUGCGUCGCGCUCCACCCCGGGAUCGUCCGCACGGAGCUGAUGAUCAACGCCGAGGGCUUCGAGAACCAGAUGAUGGUGGGUUUCGCGCGCGCGCGCACGCCAGACUCAUCCGCGACGUCUGCUCACGCUCCGCCCUGGACAGCGCCCGCUCCUGCAGCCGGUUCCGCUGGGUGCGCUUACGCCGCUCUAUGCGGGAACCUCGCCGACCCGGACGAGCUGAACGGGAAGUGGCUCGUUCCUUGGGCUCGCGAAGUACCGUUCCCCAACAAGCUCGGCAACGACGAAGAGCUCGCGAAGCAGCUCUGGGAUUGGGUCGAGAAAGAGCUCGAGAGCCAGUGA